CUCAAUGACACCCGGCAAGAAGUUACGGGGCCUCGUAGCUGCUACGAUCACUCCGAUGACCCCUGAUGGACAAAUUAACCUGUCAGUGAUUCGUCAGUAUGUGGAUUAUCUGGUAAGCGAGCAGAACGUGAAGAACGUUUUUGUGAACGGCACAACAGGAGAAGGGCUGUCCCUUAGCAUCCAGGAGAGGAAACAGUUGGCGGAAGAAUGGAUGUGCCAAGGAAAAGACAAACUGGAUCAUGUGAUCAUUCAUGUGGGAGCACUAAGUCUGCCAGAGUCCCAGGAGCUGGCAAGACACGCAGCAGCCAUAGGUGCUAGUGGUAUUGCUGUAAUAGCCCCCUUCUUCUUCAGACCCACAAACAAAGAUGAGCUGAUUGCUUUCUUACAGAAGGUUGCGUCCGAAGCCCCCGCGGUUCCAUUUUAUUACUAUCACAUUCCUCCUCUGACGGGUGUGAAGAUUCGUGUGGAAGAGUUGCUGGAUGGAAUAAAAGAGCAGAUCCCCACCUUCCAGGGCGUGAAGUUCAGCGACACGGACCUCCUGGACCUUGCACAGUGUAUAAACAAGAAUGAGAGAGAGCAGCUUGCAUUUCUUUAUGGGGUGGAUGAGCAACUGUUGAGUGCGCUGGCAGUAGGGGCAGAUGGAGCAGUUGGAAGUACAUACAACUAUUUGGGGCAAAAAACCAAUCUGAUGUUGGAAGCCUUUGCAAAGCUGGACCUUCCAUUAGCACAGAAGUAUCAGUUUCUCACUGGGGAAUUUCUCAACUUUGUCAUCAAACUAGGUUUUGGUGUUGCCCAGAGUAAAGCUGUCAUGACUUUCGUUUCUGGCAUUCCCAUGGGACCUCCACGGCUUCCGCUUGCCGACGCCUCCGCGGAGUUCAUCGCCCAGGCCAAAGCCAAGCUGGAGAGCAUUGCGUGGCCAGAUGGCGACUGACGCUCGCUUCCCUGUCGAGGCGGAAUCGGCGGCUCCUUUCCUGGGA